AAACCAUCUCCUCGAUACUCUCUCUCUCUUCCCCCACUACCUCCUCAACCAGCCCACUCUGCUAUUCCAUCUGCGUGAGAGAGAGAAAGAGGGGAGGGGAGAGAGAUUUGUGGCGUCGUGGGUGCUCGGUUGCGGCGGUUACCGCGGGGAGGAGGAGGGAGUUGUGCUGUUGGGGGUUUGGAUCUAGAGCGAGCAUAGGAUGGGAGCUGCUGGCUCCUGAGCUGCGCCGCGCGUUGCCCUCCGGGAGAUGAAAUUCGAUAAGAAUCAAAGCUUCACAACAUCUACUGCGAAAUUGGAUAGGAAUCAAAGCUUCACAACAUCUACUGUGAAAUUGGAUAAGAACCAAAGCUUGUUAUUUUCUCGUGGAUAGCAGACAUCAUGGGUACUGGAUCAGUUACCGUGAAACAAAAGAAGCGAGUAAAGCACACUAAGAACAAGUACUUGAAACCUGGUGCUCUCGCCCAGAUUCGUUAUAGCAGGAGCACAAGCAGGGAUAUAGGAAAGAAAAGGAUUCUGUUGAAUGUGGAUAAGGAUGAGUUACCGCAGGAGGAGGUUGCAUUCGAAAACACUGAACCUAUGAUGUCGCCUAAAAGGCUCAACUUUGAGCCAUUUAGUGGAACUAAGGGGCAGGUAAUGCCAAUAACUCCAAAGACUCCUCAGUCAGAUGAAUUAUCUGAUGGUCAUUCAAGACUUGAAUCACUUCCACUUGAAUUGCUGAUCAAGAUCAUUUGUUGCUUGCACCAUGAUCAGCUGAAUAUUGUUUUCCAUGUUUCAAAAAGGAUCCGGAAGGCAGUUGAAUUGGCGAGGCAGUACCAUUUUAACUACACUACCCCAGAUCGAAGCAGACAGGAACUACUCCAGCACACCACUCCUCUUCCAACAGAACAUUGGCCUUUCAUGAGCAGGAUUGAUGGCAAGGAUGUGCGGAUUUCUACCCCAAGAACCCCAAAGGCUCCAAAACAUGCUCCUCGGCUUGCGCGCCUUGAGCUGCUUGAUUUCAAGCCAAUCACUGCUGUUCUUUUCCCAGACACAUUUCCUUCAAAACGUCUGCGCCGUUCAAUGCCACCAGGAUUGCCAAGGCCUGUGUCCAAAGCUGCAUCCUCGACUAGAGUUUUACUGUAUGAGGAGGAGCUUUGCGAAGCGGUGGCACAGAAUAAGCUUCUUUGAAGCUGCAAUGACCUUUAGGCACAACCAGCAAUAUGUUAUUGCUUCCAUCUCAUAAUGUACAUGAUUAUCUAUGUCAAUUCCCUAGCAUGAGUUUUGUUUGGUUAGGCAGUUUUAGACUAGUAUUUUUUUGAAGAACGUUUUAGACUAGUCAUUAGCAUGUUAUAUAGUAAGAAGAAUCUAGUUUGGUUUAUUCCCUGGUCUGUAUAUAGUAAAUGUACUGGUAAACUAUUUAUAGCUAAUAAUUUGCUUGCAGAAAUGAUGUUUA